UCAAGCGCGUACGAAUUAACCCGGAAGUGACUCUGAGCACGCGAGCCUGGCUGAAUCGUUGCCGUUACGGAGGUUCUGGUGAAGAAAAGCUCUGUAAAUAUUAGGAAAAUCGACUUUAUAAUACACCAGUCAUGAGUCUGUUGACGAAACCCAAAUCGGAGAUGACCCCCGAGGAGCUCCAGAAACGUGAGGAGGAAGAGUUUAACACUGGGCCGCUGUCAGUGCUCACCCAGUCGGUGAAGAACAACACUCAGGUCCUCAUCAACUGUCGAAACAACAAGAAGCUGCUUGGAAGAGUCAAAGCUUUUGACAGGCACUGUAACAUGGUCCUGGAGAAUGUGAAAGAGAUGUGGACAGAGGUUCCAAAAAGCGGGAAGGGAAAGAAGAAGUCAAAGCCCGUCAACAAGGACCGCUACAUUUCUAAAAUGUUCCUCAGAGGGGACUCUGUGAUCGUCGUCCUCAGAAAUCCUCUUAUCACAGGAAAAUGAACUUUUCACAGGGUUUCUUCCAGCUGGAUCACUGAUAGUGUUUCUAAAAGAUUUGAAGACGGGGGUUUGUUUUAUUUUCAUGUUUUGUUUUAAUUUAGACGUUGGAUUAUUGUUGACAUUGUUGAGAUAGAAACACUGUCAAAAUGUUUCCAUGUUUAAGAGGUAAAGCAGAGCGGAUGCUGUCUUUUUUUGGGGGGGAAUUUUGUCUUUUUCAUUUUGAUAAUAAAAAAAACU